GAGGCGCCUCCCAUCAGGGCGCGAAUGCCACUAGCAACGAACAAGAAUUGCCCGGCUGUGCUGGGCCUCCGGCAGCGAAAAACACUCAGACUGGCGAGUGCUCCCGUCUUGGCUCCCUCCAUCCGCGCGAGUCCCAGGCGGCUCUGGAGCCCCCUCGCCUUCGUCACUUUCCUAAGCUUUGCUACGCGUUUCUACCGGCUGCGGGAGCCGCCGCACAUCUGCUGGGAUGAAACACAUUUUGGAAAGAUGGGGAGUUAUUAUAUUAACCGGACAUUUUUCUUUGAUGUCCAUCCACCUUUGGGGAAGAUGUUAAUAGGACUUGCUGGCUAUCUGAGUGGCUAUGAUGGGACUUUUCCUUUCCAGAAGCCUGGGGACAAAUAUGAACAACAUAACUAUAUAGGAAUGAGAGCGUUCUGUGCCUUCCUUGGUUCAUGUCUGAUCCCCUUCUGCUACCUCACAGUGCUGGAGCUGUCCAGAUCAUUGCCUGCAGCAAUAAUCACUGCUACCAUCCUGAUUUUUGACACUGGAUUCAUUACAAUCUCACAGUACAUUCUUCUUGACCCCAUUUUGAUGUUCUUCCUCAUGGGAGCUGUACUCAGUAUGGUUAAAUAUAAUUCCUAUUCAGAUAGGUCCUUUUCUGCCCCCUGGUGGUUCUGGCUGUGUUUGACUGGGAUGAACCUCGCUGGUGCAUUAGGGGUGAAAUUUGUUGGCCUUUUUGUUGUCCUUCUGGUUGGCCUGAAUACUGUCUGUGAACUUUGGGAGUUAUUGGGAGACCUUAGUCUGUCACUGGUCACACUGGGAAAGCACUUCUUGGCUCGUGCACUUUGCCUCAUUAUACUGCCUCUUGUCCUCUAUACGGCUCUUUUUGCAGUUCAUUUUGCAGUGUUAAACAGAAGUGGACCUGGUGAUGGUUUUUUCAGCUCUGGAUUUCAAUCCCGGCUCAUUGGAAACAAUCUUCAUAAUGUUUCUGUUCCAGAAUAUGUAGCAUAUGGCUCUGUGAUAACACUGAAGAACCUUCGCAUGGCAGGAGGAUACCUUCACUCCCACUGGCACCUGUAUCCUGAAGGAGUGGGAGCAAGGCAGCAGCAGGUCACUGCAUAUUCACACAAAGACUUGAAUAACUUAUGGAUUAUAAAGAAAUAUAACUUGAAUAGAGAUUAUUCAGACCUUUCCUUCCCUGUGGAGUUUGUGAAACAUGGAGAUAUUAUCCGUCUGGAACACAAAGAGACAUCAAGAAAUCUGCACAGUCAUCAGCAUGAAGCCCCCUUGACAAGGAAACAUCUCCAGGUCACUGGAUAUGGCAUUAAUGGAACUGGAGACUCCAAUGAUUUCUGGCGAAUUGAAGUUGUAGGAAGAAAGGAUGGGAAACGUAUCAAAGUCCUGCGCAGUCAAAUACGAUUGAUUCAUCUAGCAACAGCCUGUAUCUUGGGCUCGACUGGAAAGACACUACCCAAAUGGGGCUGGGAACAAGUGGAAGUCACUUGCACUCCAUAUCAGAAGGAAACUCCAAAUACUCUUUGGAAUAUUGAAGAUCACGUUAAUUCCAGAUUGCCCAAUAUCAGUUUGGAUGUUUUGAAACCUUCCUUUCCAGAAAUACUGCUGGAAUCUCACAUGGUUAUGAUCCGGGGAAAUAGUGGCCUUAAACCAAAGGAGAAUGAAGUCACAUCAAAACCCUGGCAUUGGCCAAUCAAUUACCAGGGUCUGCGUUUUUCUGGUGUCAAUGAAACAGACUAUAGAGUUUAUUUGCUGGGAAACCCGGUGAUUUGGUGGAUGAGUCUAAUUGCUAUUGGAUUAUAUCUUACAAUGAUAAUAUUUAUAUCAGUGGUUGUGAAGCGAGGAGUUCAGCUGACAGCUGAACACAAAGAGCUUGCUCGAGUUUUGCUGCAUGGUGGAGGAAGGAUUAUCCUGGGAUGGUUUCUCCAUUAUUUUCCUUUCUUCAUGAUGGGCAGAGUGCUCUAUUUCCAUCAUUACUUCCCUGCCAUGCUUUUCUCCAUCAUGUUGACAGGGAUUACGUGGGAUGUAUUCCUGAAAUUCUGUGCUUGGUUUUUUUCAACCAGCAUCCAAGCUAAGAAGGUUUAUAACUACGGGAUAGGAGUGUUGGUCAUGCUCAGUAUGUAUAGCUUUUACCUCUUCCAUCCUCUAUCCUAUGGGAUGACAGGACCUCUGGCUUCUGAUCCCAACAGCUCAAUGGCGGGCCUUAAAUGGCUGGAAACAUGGGAGUUUUAG